CUCCCCACUCAAACGGCAUUUAUAUCAAAUUAUCUCUUCUCCUUCCUAACUUUUUCCUAAAUUUCCUCACUUUUCUCUGUUCUGUCCAGUGAUCUUUACGGUUCUCCCAGGUUCAAAGCUCCCGCAGCUGACAGACUCAUAAUCUCUGGGCAAGUCGCUUUUUUUCUUUAAUAUUAUUAUUAUUAUUUUUGUGUUUGUUGGUGAUUUUGCAUAAAGUUGUACGCUUUAUAAGAUUUCAGUUGAAAGUUGUUGUCUAUAGCUUCGUGAUGUAAAUUUUGAUGCUUUCUCGAAGUGAUGGGAGUUAUUGGUGAAUUUGUUGCUGGGGAUUUUUGGUGAUUAGUUGAUUAGUGGGUAGUUGUGUGGUUUUGGGCAUGUGGGCAGUUCUUGUUUGGAUCCAUGGAUGUGUUGGUGUGUUGUUUUUGGACUAUUGGGGACAUAGAUAGGGUGAUAUUUAGGAGUUAGAUUGGGCUCUGACGUUUCUGUGUAUUUGAGCGGCUAGUUUGUGAAAAAGUUUGAACUUUGUUUUUUAUUUGAUUCUUGUUCGUUUACUGUGCUGGUGUUGGUUGCAUUGGAUUUUGGUUGUUUCAGUUAUCUGGGUUUUGUGGAAUUUUGGUUGAUGGAGACUAAAUUUGGAGGAAAAGUCCAUUUCUAUGGUCCAGUGGUGUCAGAUGUAAAAGCGGUUGGUAAAAAGAGCUUGGAGUGGGAUUUGAAUGAUUGGAAAUGGGAUGGAGAUCUGUUUACUGCUAGUCCACUGAAUCCUGUACCGUCAGAUUGUAGAAGUAGGCAGUUAUUUCCUCUUGGACCUCAAGUACCAGCAAAUGGUGGGUUGUCAAAUAGUUCAUCAUCAUGUUCAGAGGAUAACAUUGUUGCAAAUGAGAAGGGGAGCAGAGAAUUGGAGAAGAGGAGGAGGGCUGUGGUUGUUGAAGAUGAAGAGUUGAACAAUAAUGGAUCUGGGCCUCUUAAUUUAAAGCUUGGUGGGCAGGUUUACCCUAUAAUGGAUGGGGAGGUGAAGAGUGGGAAGAAAACGAAGAUUGUUGGGACUACUUUAAAUCGUGCUGUUUGUCAGGUGGAGGAUUGUAAGGCUGAUCUUAGUGGUGCCAAGGAUUACCACCGGCGACAUAAGGUUUGUGAUAUGCAUUCAAAGGCCACUCAAGCACUUGUAGGGAAUGUUAUGCAGAGGUUCUGCCAGCAAUGUAGCAGGUUCCAUGCUCUUCAAGAGUUUGACGAAGGUAAGAGAAGUUGUCGGCGGCGUUUGGCUGGCCAUAACAAACGUAGGAGGAAAACUCAUCCUGAUAAUGGAGUCAAUGGAGGGUCCCUGAAUGAUGAAAGGGGUAGUAGUUAUCUAUUGAUAAGUCUACUGAGAAUUCUUUCAAAUAUGCACUCAAAUAACUCUGAUCAAACAAAGGAUCAGGAUCUGCUUUGUCAUCUGUUGAGGAACCUGGCUAGUCUAGUUGGUACAAAUGAUGUAAAGAACAUCUCUGGGUUGCUGCAAGGAUCUCAAUGUACGCCAAAUGCUGGGACGUCUUCUGGGAAUGUUGGUAAGGUGCUGGAUGUGGUGUCAACCGGUCCUGAACCUAGACCUUCUACUUUAUCAUGUAAGAUAGAUAAUUGUGCUGGAUUCUCAGACUCCAUGAGAUCUGUGGUCCAAUGUGGGGCUGUACAUGCUUCUAAUUUGGUGCAGAAUAGAAUACAUACCAAUGACGCUCAGGUUGGAAGUGUACCAGUGCUGUCAGGUUCCCAGUCCACAAUGAUUUUUCCUUCAAGAGGCAACUAUUCAACUAAAGCAAUUGAGCCAGAGGCUACUUUUGGGAGAAGCAAGAUUAAUAACUUUGAUUUGAACCAUGUUUACGAUGAUUCUCAAGAAAAUGGAGAGAAUCUAGAGAAGUUUCAUGCUCCUGUAAAUCCUGGAACUGGUUCUCUUUACUGCCCUGUAUGGGUGCGGCCAGACUCUAACAAGUCAAGUCCACCACAUACAACUGCAAAUUCUGAUUCAACUUCGAGCCAGUCACCAUCUACCUCCAGUGUAGAGGCUCAGAGUCGAACUGACCGGAUUGUUUUUAAGCUCUUUGGGAAGGACCCUAAUGAUUUCCCUAUUGAGAUGCGAAGACAGAUCCUUGAUUGGUUAUCCCACAGUCCUACAGACAUUGAAAGCUAUAUAAGACCUGGCUGUAUUAUACUAACGAUAUACCUUCGUUCGGGUAAACCCAUGUGGGACGAGUUAUGCUGUGAUUUGGGCUCCAGUUUAAGGAAGCUUCUUGAUGGUUCUGAUGACUCAUUCUGGAAAACAGGAUGGUUGUAUGCUAGGGUGCAACACUCUGUGGCAUUUAUAUAUAAUGGCCAGGUCAUUUUGGACACUUCCUUACCUGUAAAAAGCCAUAAAAAUUGCAGGAUCUUAAGCAUUAAGCCAAUUGCAGUGCCAGUGUCUGAGAGAGCUAAAUUUACAGUUAAAGGCUUCAAUCUUUUCCGGACCACAACAAGAUUACUCUGUGCUCUAGAAGGAGAGUAUCUGUUACAGGGAACUUGUAAUGACUUGAUGGAUGGUGCUCAUACUAUUAAUGAACAUGAUGAGCUACAAUGCCUGAGUUUCCAAUGCUCUUUACCAAAUGUUUAUGGAAGAGGAUUCAUUGAGGUUGAAGACCAUGGUCUGAGCAGUAGCAGCUUUCCAUUCAUAGUUGCUGAGCAAGAAGUGUGUUCUGAGAUUUGUAUGCUUGAGGGUGCAAUCGAAGCUGCCGAGAUUGAGGAUGACUUCCAAAAAAAGAUGGAGAUUAUUGAGAUCAAGAAUCAAGCGCAUAACUUUUUAGAUGAAAUGGGCUGGCUUCUUCAUAGAACCCGUCUGAAGUUUAGGCUGGGUGACAUGGAUCCCAACUCAGAUCUCUUCCCUUUCAAACGGUUCAGGUGGCUUAUGGAAUUCUCAAUGGAACGUGAUUGGUGUGCCGUAGUGAAGAAACUCUUGGGCAUUUAUUUUGAUGGAAUUGUUCACAGAGGAGAUCAUAAUUCCAUUGAGAUUGCAUUAUUAGAUAUGGGUCUCCUUCACAAAGCUGUGCAAAGAAAUUGCCGGCCAAUGGUGGAACUAUUGUUAAAUUAUGCCCCAGGUAAAGUAUUGGAUAGACCAGGAUCUCAGGAGAAGCAACAAGUUGGUGGAGGCCACGUCAGUUUCUUAUUUAAACCUGAUAUUGCUGGGCCAGCUGGAUUGACUCCACUUCAUGUAGCAGCUUGUAGGGAUGGUGCCGAAAGUGUGUUGGAUGCCUUAACUAAUGAUCCUGGACUGGUGGGAAUAAAGGCUUGGAAGAGUUCCCGUGACAGUAAUGGUAAGACACCAAAUGAUUAUGCAUGUGUGAGAGGCCAGUACUCGUAUAUUAAUCUAGUCCAAAGGAAAAUCAACAAGAAAUCUGCAGAAAGUCGGCAUGUCAUCCUAGAUAUACCUGGUGACCAUUUGGACUGCACCUCCAAGCAGAAACCAUCAGAUGGGCUUAAAUUGUCCAAGGUUGUUAGCUUCCAGACCGAAAAGAUUGCAACAAAAGUGAAGCCGCAACAUUGCAAAUUCUGUGAACAGAAGCUUGCUUAUGGAAAUGCCAGAACAACACUGGUAUACAGGCCUGCAAUGCUCUCAAUGGUGGCCAUUGCAGCUGUCUGUGUCUGCGUGGCACUGCUCUUCAAGAGCUCACCCGAAGUACUGUAUGUUUUCCAGCCCUUCAGAUGGGAAAUGCUCAAGUAUGGCUCGAGCUAAGUUAGUUAUACUAAUUAGUUCCCAGAGACACCAGGCGGAAACUACUCUAAGUAUGGGGUUUAGCUAAGUUAAUUGUACUAAUUAGUUCACCGAGACAUGAGGCAGGACUUCUUUUUCUUCCCCACGUUAUCUUUCCAUUUAUACAUAAAGAAGAAUGUCCAAGUCCUGUUGAUUUUUAUGGAUUUAGAUCUCAGGUGAAAAAUAAUGUUGUAUAUGUUUAAUUUUAUAGAUGGGAGAAGUUCAGCUA